AGCUAAGACCAGUGUGAUAGCACUGAUUGGAUCAAGACAUUUGCAAAAGGGACUAGGCUCAUAGUAACUUCACCUGGUAAACACCUUGAUGCAGAUGUUUCCCCCAAGCCCACUAUUUUUCUUCCUUCAAUUGCUGAAACAAAGCUCCAUAAGGCUGGAACAUACCUUUGUCUUCUUGAGAAAUUUUUCCCGGAUGUUAUUGAGAUACAUUGGCAAGAAAAGAAGAGCAACACGAUUCUGGAAUCCCAGGAGGGGAACACCAUGAAGACUAAUGACACAUACAUGAAAUUUAGCUGGUUAACGGUGCCAGAAAAGUCACUGGACAAAGAACACAGAUGUAUCGUCAGACAUGAGAAUAAUAAAAACGGAGUUGAUCAAGAAAUUAUCUUUCCUCCAAUAA